CCUCGCUCGGCUGUCCGACCGCAUUCGGGGGCGGCGUCACAACAAGCCGCGGCCGACAGUCAGAAGCACCGGCGGGGCGAAGAGAGUCGGUCGAGCGGCCGGGCCAGGCCCGGAGCGCGGCUGAUCUGCGAUGGCGCUGCGGCAAGCGCUGGGCAAGGGGCUGCGGCUGGGCCGGGGGCUGCUGUCGCGCUGCUUCGGCUGGGGGCCUCCCGUUCCUGGGCCGCCGCCGCGACCGCCGCCGGCCGCCGUUCUCCUCCGCCAGCCGCCGCCGACCCGGGCGGGCUUCCUACGUUUGGCCGCGGACCGCCUAGGCCUCCGGCGGGUGCCGCUCCGGCAAGUAGCCGCCCGGGUAUCGGCCGGCCCUUACCACUGCCGCCGCCUCGGCUUAGCCUUCAGCCUGGGACUGGCGUUGCUGGAGCCGGAGCCAAGUUGCUUGAAAAUCUUUUUGACAAUAUUUACGCAGAGGAAAAGGACUCCGAAAGAUCCCCUGGGCUUAUUCCGCCAGCGGGGCUUCAAACUGGAAGAGUACUCCAUUGGCCAGCCCAUUGGCAAAGGCUGCAGCGCCGCAGUGUAUGAAGCGACGAUUCCGUCAUCUGCCUGUUGCAAAGCCAGCGGUCACCAGAACUCUGGAGAUGGUGGUGGUUCAGAGACCCAGGCUGCAGAUGCUCGCCGAGCCCGUUACUGGAGAGCUGGCUACCCGCUGGCUAUCAAGAUGAUGUGGAACAUUUCGGCUGGUUCCUCGAGCGAAGCCAUCCUCAGCACCAUGUCGCAGGAGCUCGUUCCAGCCCGGAGCUCUGCUUUGUCUGGAGAAUUUGGAGUCGUCGCCUGCCCCAGGAAACCUGGCUUUGGGAAGAAGCGGCUGAAACCUCACCCAGGCAUCGUCCAGGUGCUCCGAGCGUUCACAUCUCAUGUCCCGCUGCUUCCUGGCGCAAUGGUAGACUACCCAGAUGUUCUGCCUGCCACUCUGCAUCCCUCUGGAAUUGGGCACAGCCGCACACUCUUCCUGGUGAUGAAAAACUAUCCAUGCACUCUGCGCCAGUAUCUCCGUGAGAGGGCUCCCGAUGCCCACCUGGGCACCAUGAUGAUCCUGCAGUUACUGGAAGGGGUGGACCACCUCGUUCGACAAGGAGUGGCUCACAGGGAUUUGAAGUCGGACAACAUCCUAGUCGAUUUUGACCCUGCGGGACGCCCAUGGCUGGUGAUCACAGAUUUUGGCUGUUGUCUGGCUGACGACAAAAUUGGGUUGAAACUGCCUUUUACCAGCUGGUACGUGGAUCGUGGCGGCAACAGCUGCCUCAUGGCGCCAGAGGUGCUCACAGCUUCCCCCGGUCCAGGCGUCGUGAUCGACUACACCAAAACGGACGCCUGGGCAGUCGGAGCGAUCACGUACGAGAUCCUCGGGGCCCGUAACCCGUUCUACGGCAGUGGGGGGUCGUCCCUCGAAAGCAGGAGCUACCGGGAGGAGGAGCUGCCACCCUUGCCAGAGACGGCGCCCCCGGAAGUGAAGAAGCUCGUCAGGGCACUGCUUUGCCGGGAUCCCAAGAAGAGGCUCUCAGCCAGAGUUGCGGCCAACGUGCUUCACCUGAGCCUGUGGGGUGAAGGCCUACUCAGCCUCAAGGACCUGCAACUUGACAAGAUGAUUAGCUGGCUUCUUCACCAAUCAGCAGCCACCUUGUUGAUGGACGGACUCGGAGAUGGAAACCGGGCCGAAACCAAGCUGAAGAGAUGCUUCUUGGCAAACCUGGAGUACGAAGAUCUCUGGGAGGCGGCGGUUUUGCUUCUCUCCUGGAGAAACGUGCUGGCGGGAUGAGCUCCAGUCUGCUUCCCUUUGAGCCUUUGGUGUAGUCCCUUGUUGUUUCACUAAAAGCACAUACCUGGCCGAGGCUCCUUUUAUUUUGGUAGCCUAGGGGUAUUUUAGGUGAGAAGCCGCUUCCGGGGUUAUUGUAGGCGCAGGUUAGGUUCACCCACCGAAAUCAUCACUCUACCUUCUCCGUUUGGCUGUCAGACUGGGUGAUUUAUUUCAUAUUGCUGCUGCUUUUAAACCAGGAGGACCUCACUGCGUAUGUCCUUUUCAAAGCAAAGCCAUAGCUCAGAGUUUCUGGGUAGCGGGGUGAAGAUAACAAAGCUCUGCAGAUGUCAUUUAUUCAAAAGAUUAAUUUGUGUCCAUGGACGACAGCGACAAAUCCAAAAAUCUCUUAGACCUCUGGAUGUUAUCAAACCGCUUUGGCGCAUUUACAAACCAGUGUUUCCUCCCCAGGAUUUGUUUCUGAAGUACUGGGAGCCCGUCGUACCGAACCCCACGUGGAUUUGAUCAAUGUCCUGCAUGCAGGUUAGCUCCUUUCUUAAAAAGAAUCUCACUUUCCCAACAGCAGACCCGGUUUGAAACAGUGGAUCUUGCUGGCUUAGAGGGAAUCCUUAGCAGCCAACUUACUGCGUUUCAGUCCCAGCUCAUGUGCAGACCACUAGCUAGGAAGGUUCCUUCCAACCUCACACUUGAAACUGGACCCUUCCCAGUGAGCUAAACUGCACCCUGAAAAGAAAAAAGGGAGGUGGCAGCAGGAGGGAAUGUCAACUACGUGGGAGACAGGAGUCAGCUGCCCACUCUUAAGGGCCGAAGACGGACUGGACUGUUUAGUCAUUCUGCUUUUUGCGGGUGUGAGCUGCACACCCCCAAGGGGCAGAAGGGGAAAGAGCUAUGGGUGAGGAGGGGGACUAGAUCCAUCACUCCCCAUCUUUGAAAAGACAGCCUGCUCUAGUGGUUAAGAGUGGCAGACCCUAAUCUGGAGAACUGGGUUCGAUUCUGAACUCCUCCACUUG